AUGGCCGGGUACCGCAGCCGAAGCCGCAGCUACAGCCCACGCAGGCGGUACAGCCGCAGUCCUCCCCGCUACAGGCACUACGACGACCCGCGUGACCGUUACCGCGGCGGCGGCGGCGGGCCCCGCCGCGGGUACGACCGACCGUCGGCGCCCACCGGCCUCCUGGUCCGCAACAUUUCACUCACCGCCAGGCUAGAAGACAUCCGUGGUCCAUUCGAGCAAUUUGGCCCUAUAAAGGAUGUGUACCUUCCGAGAAAUUUCCACACAAAGGAAUUACGUGGUUUUGGGUUUGUGAAAUUCCGCCACCCUGAGGACGCUGCAUAUGCCAAGCAAGAAAUGAAUCAUCAAGUUAUUUGCGGUCGAGAGAUUACAAUAGUUUUUGCCGAGGAGAAUAGAAAAACCCCACAAGAAAUGCGCUUCAGAACAAGAUCAAGUGGUAGGCAUAUGGAUGGAAACUACAGAAGAAGGCAGUCGCUGUCAAGAUCCCCAAGGUCUCGUUACCCCUCUUAUUCACCCGAACCUUCUCCAGUUAGACGGCACUCCAGGGACAGAGAUAAUUAUUCUCCUAGGGAUUCAUACUCUCCACAUACUCGGGACAAGAGGCAGCACAUAUCAGAUGGUCGAUCGCCUAGCCUAGAUGGACAUGAGCGUAGGAUAUCACCAUCCAAUAACGGACAUGGUCCACCAGUUGACAGGAGGAGCCCAACCUUAUCUCUCUCGCCUAAAGUUUCCUUCAUAUGCAGGCUGAGAUGA